GCCUUGCCUCUCCCCGUGGAGAAUUCAAAGCUCCGCCGUGUCCUCUUCUGGAUACCGGAAGUCGUCGCCGUCCUUGGAAUGGCUUGGCUUCCUUCGCUAGGAGGUUUUCUUUCUUUCCGGCCGACUCUGUUUCUUCGAACCUUGCUCUUCCAGUCAGUCGUCCUUGGCUCCUCUUCUUCCCCACACAAACACAACGGAAUAGUCCCGACCAUACUGGAAAACCGGCGAACUUGGAAAGCAAGUCAACAAGAGUAUGGCGUCCAUGGAGAGCCUGAUCGGGAUGAUGAACCGCAUCCAGCGCGCCUGCACCGCCCUCGGAGACCACGGAGGAGGAAGCGACUUGCCCACCCUCUGGGAGUCGCUCCCAACCAUCGCCGUCGUCGGAGGCCAGAGCUCGGGCAAGUCCUCUGUACUUGAGAGCAUUGUUGGCACCGAUUUUCUUCCCCGAGGAUCGGGAAUUGUCACGCGAAGGCCUUUAGUGUUGCAGCUGCAACAGACAGAGGAUGGAUCUCAGGAAUAUGCAGAGUUCUUGCAUAUGCCGAAAAGAAGGUUUUCAGACUUUGCCCUUGUUCGCCAAGAAAUUGCUGAUGAGACGGAUAGGCUGACUGGAAAAACUAAGCAAAUAUCUCCUGUCCCUAUUCAUCUCAGCAUCUACUCGCCCAAGGUUGUGAACUUAACAAUGAUUGAUCUUCCUGGGUUGACAAAAGUUGCUGUAGAGGGACAAUCUGAAAGUAUUGUGCAAGAUAUAGAGAAUAUGGUUCGCUCAUAUGUUGAUAAGCCCAACUGUAUUAUUUUGGCUAUAUCUCCAGCAAAUCAGGAUAUUGCAACUUCUGAUGCAAUUAAGCUCUCAAAAGAAGUUGAUCCAACAGGUGAAAGGACGUUCGGUGUGUUGACAAAACUGGACUUAAUGGACAAAGGAACAAAUGCUCUCGAUGUUCUUGAGGGAAGAGCCUAUCGGCUGCAGAAUCCUUGGGUUGGAAUCGUCAAUCGCUCACAAGCAGAUAUUAAUAGGAAGGUUGACAUGAUUUCAGCGAGGGAAAAAGAAAGGGAAUAUUUUGAAACAAGUCCUGACUAUGCUCAUUUAUCAAGUCGUAUGGGUUCUGGAUAUCUUGCUAAGCUUCUUUCUCAGGUAACUUUAAAGCUCAUUUCUCGGACUUAUAUAUAUCUGAGCAAAAUAACAUAUUCAGUAACUCUUACAACAUUUCAGCAUCUUGAAUCUGUUAUCAAAGCACACAUUCCUAGUAUCACAGCGACAAUCAACAAAACUAUAGACGAACUUGAAUCAGAGCUGGACAUCAUAGGGAGAGCUGUGGCUGCUGAUCCAGGGGCUCAACUGUACACCAUACUGGACCUCUGCCGUGCUUUUGACCGUGUUUUCAAGGAACAUCUUGAUGGAGGGAGGUCAGGUGGAGAUAGAAUAUACGGCGUGUUUGACCAUAAGCUCCCUGCUGCUUUUAAGAAGCUUUCCUUCGACCGCUACCUGUCGGUGCAAAACGUGAAGAAGGUGGUUUCAGAAGCAGAUGGCUAUCAGCCCCAUCUCAUGGCACCUGAACAAGGGUACCGGCGGCUUAUUGAGAAGGGCAUCAACUAUUUCAGAGGACCAGCUGAAGCCACGGUUGAUGCGGUCCACGUUGUUCUAAAAGACUUGGUCAGGAAAUCCAUAGGGGAGACAGAGCAACUCAGAAGAUUUCCGACGCUUCAAGCAGCGAUCGCGACCGCUGCAAACGAAGCCCUGGAGCGAUUCCGGGAGGACGGGCGCAGCACGGCGCUUCGUCUGGUGGACAUGGAGGCUGCGUACGUGACGGUGGAGUUCUUCCGGAAGCUCCCUCAGGAUCCUCCUGCUGAUGCGCCUGCUAGCAAGGCUGGAGGCAAGCCUUCAGCGGAGCCGGCGGCUGCGCCGCCUCCUGACCGCUACGGUGACGGGCACUUCAGGAGCAUCGCCUCCAACGUGUCCCAGUACAUCCGGAUGGUUGGAGACGAGCUCCUGCAGAAGAUCCCCAAGGCAGCUGUCCACUGCCAGGUUCGCGAGGCCAAGAGGUCUCUGCUCAACCAUUUCUACGUGCAGAUGGGGAAGAAAGAGGCUGGGGAGUUUGGGCAUAUGCUGGACGAGGACCCGGCGAUGAUGGAGCGCCGGCAGCAGUGCUUCAAGAGGCUGGAGCUGUACAAAUCUGCCAGGGAUGAGGUUGAUUCUGUGGCAUGGGGGGGCAGCAGCAGAUAGGUCAGUGGAAGCAUUGUAUUCGUAGGGAUAUUCUUGUUGUAUAUACAAUACAAUUCUAUAUAUAUUACGGUAUUACAUACUCUAUCGGGGAGAGUACACGGUUAAUUCAUGAAUUUCUCGUGCUA